GCCAUCUGAAAAUGAAGCAUCAAACCGAGCCUUUUGACUGCAAUCCUGUAGACGUGCAAUGAAGAUCGGGGUGCUGGUGUCCCUUUCAUUCACAUGGUAGAGAUUGCAAAAAGCGACGGAAGGGCGUAGAGGCGUUUGGCCUUUGGCACCGGGGGUUUCACGAAAAGACCUAAGGGUUCGACGUCGCCUUUUGCCACUUCCGCUUUCGCGCACGUUGGACCUGAAACCUGAAGCCCAGCGGCUCUGGGCCGCGUGAGUGACCGAGACACGGGAGCGAUCGGCUGCAGAUUGGCAUUUGAUGCCGUCAACCUGGAAGGAGGAUGUGGAUGCCCACCUUCGAUGCUGCGGGCAUGCCCACUUUCGUGAACCCGAUGCAAAUGGCCAACAUGGCCUGGAACCAGGGACAGGCUCAAGAAGCUGAAGAGGUCGUCUCCUCCAGAGGCGGGCAGAAGACCAUAGACCGUGAUUUGCGAAGGCUGGCGAGCUUCUUUGGCAUCGAUGAAGUGACGCUGGAGAGGCUGGAUGAGCUCAUGGAGAAACAUUCUCCGGAGCAACGCAGGAGGGACUUGGCAAAGCUGUACGAGAUCUUGGAGACUGCAAGGAGCCCCUCAAGGCUGUUGAUGGCCAAGACGGAAGAGAUGGAGGAUGGACAGUUCGUGACGAACUUCAAGCGAGAUGAACACAUUGACAGGCUGUGUGAACAGUAUCGUCUGAACGAUGCGGCCAGGUGCCGCCUAGUAGAGCUAAGAGUACGGCGACCUCAGAGCCAAGAAGAGGAUCACCGGCGUUUGGAGGAGCACCUUCAGAUGUGUGAGGACACCUCUUUCACUGCGGAGUCGCUGAUCAAAAAGGUGACGCAAGGGAGGCUCUCAGAGCUGCCUGAUCUCUCUGAAGCCAAAGCUAUAGCGGCGCAACUGGACCAGGUGGCGCAACGCAAGCUCCGGGAGGUGGUGGAAAAGCGCCACGAGGAUCUGAAGCUGGUGCUCGAGCAGAUUCAAAAGGUCCUGGCUGUGGCUUUCAGCCCGUCGAUGACCUUCCUGAAGGUCGUGGACACUUACCUGGCGGGUGGACUGGUGGAGGCUAAUGAGAUCGAGGUGAUCCGCUUGCAAUCCAAGCAGCAGGCAAAGCGCCAGAAGAAGGCACAGAAGCAGAAGAAGAAGAAGGAUAAGAAGAAGAAGGAGAAAAGUAGCAGUAGCAGCAGCAGCAGCAAUGGCAGCUGCUUUGCUGCCAGUUGAUUUUGUUUCUGAUUUGUUUCGUUGUCUCUUCGCUGUUGCUUUCCUGAGAAUGAAUUUCCCAGGAGUCACUCCAGUAGGUCACUUCACAUCCCAAGAACUACCAAGGAAGAUAUUGCUGGGCUCAAGAGGCCUCAGGAGAAAGUAGAGCGGUGGUUUUUACUCUAUCAUCACCCUACCUGAGUUCCGGGUGGGUGGCAAAGGCUGUAGGCACAGUGAGCAUCCACCUCGCCAGUGUGAAGAAACUGCCUUUCAGAAAUAUCAGAAACCAACUCACUAGGACAACCAGGACUACCAUGAUUCCUGUCCUAGCAUGUCCUAGCGUUCUUUGCUGGGCGGUGAUGCUCAGGCUCCAGCUCCGCAUCGUCCACUUCAUCAGGCAAAAAGAAGAAGAAGAAGAAGUCCAAGAAAGUGAAGAAGAAGGAGAAAAAGAAGAAAAAGGACAAGAAGGCCAAGUGACGUCCUCGUCCUCAGCUCCAUCUCCCUUUUCAGAGCUCACCGUCUCACCGUGUGAUGCCCCACGCGUGGGGCGAGCGGUUUCUUCGUGAUGGGAUCCGACAAGGGCCGACCAGUUGACGAGCUUCCGGAGGGCGGUGCAAGGCAUCGACCUUCCACGUGGACUUUCGAUACCUGGUUGUUUUCUGCAAACGAC